AUGAACGACUCCUUCAAGUUGAAGGAGAUUAAAAACUUCCUUCAUAUCAAUAAAGUAAUUGUGUGUGCUCCACUUGAAACUAGAGUUAGACCUCAUAAUCAAGGUAAGAUUCAGAAGAAAUUGGGGGACAGAUGGAAUUGGAUUUGCAACUAUGGUUCUACAAACAAAGGUAGAAUUUGGCUAGGAUGGGUGAAGGGUGAAGCCAGGGUGAGGUUGUUGCUUGCCUCUGAACAAUUUGUUAUUGUUGAGGUUCAGAACACUCAGGGUGAGUGUUUGUUCCACUAUGCAGCUAUCUAUGGGCUGCAUACAAUUGAGGAUAGGAAAAGCCUAUGGGAUGACCUUAGAAGUUUUGUGAAUGGCCUUCAUUCUCCUUGCAUUUUGAUGGGAUAUUAUAAUGAUGUUUAUCAGGCUAUUGACAAAUUGCAAGGAAGUGAUAUUACCCAUGCUGAAACUAUGGAUUUCAGUAACUUCAUGGUGGAUAACUGUUUAUCUGAAGCUCCAACUAGUGGGAACUUCUAUUCAUGGAGUAAUAAAGGUCAUGGAGCUAAUAGAAUAUCAAGCAGGAUUGAUAAGGCUAUUGUUAAUGUAGAAUGGGUGAGUAAAUAUUCAGAUGUUGUUGUGAAGUAUCUUAAUGCAGGAGUAUCAGAUCACUCUCCCUUGCUCUUCUCACUUGCUGAGGCUCAUCAUGAAGGAGGUGGUAGGCCUUUUAGGUUUCUUAAUCAUUUGGCUGAUCAGACGGGAUUUCUAGAUAUGGUGAAGAAAGCUUGGGAUUCUCCCCAUUGCAGUUGGAAGAUGAAGAAGCUGUUCGUUAACUUACAUAAGACAAAGGAGGCUAUUAAAAUAUUCCAUGCCAGUAGCUACUCCCAGGCUCAUUGCAUGGUGGAUGCUUAUAGGAGGCAGUUAGAAACUUUGCAAGCCAAUCCUGCUUUGAACCAUGAUGUUGAUCUUCAAGAGAGUGAGAAAGAAACCUUAGAGAUGUUGAAGAAGUGGUCUCUCAUCAACAUGAGUGUUGUCAGGCAAAAAUCUAGAAUUAGUUGGCUCUCACAAGGUGAUGCUAAUUCUAAGUUUUAUUUUACUGCUGUUAAAGUGAGAAAUGCUAAAAGCAAAAUUGCUAUGUUGUUGCACAACUCACAAGGUGAAAUUUUAACUGAUCCUGUGAUAAUUGGAGAAGAGAUUAAAGCAUUCUACAUGAAGUUACUCGGUACUAACUCUGAUUCCAUUGAGGCUAUUAAUAUAGGCAUGGUUAGAAAGGGUCCCAGGCUCUCACAUCAGGCUUGUAACAUGCUUAUUCAGCCUGUCACCACUCAUGAAAUAGAUGCUGCAUUGGCUUCCAUUGAUGAUGCUAAAGCCCCAGGCUUGGAUGGGUUUAAUGUUGUCUUUUCAAGAAAACUUGGGCAGUGA